UUUUUGAAGUCUAUAAAUUAAGGUUCGUCACUGUCCACACGCGUCAGUUCUUUGUACACCUUAGAAAAGGGUGUCCAAUACAAGUAGUGUCGUAUCGCACGAGAAAUUUUACCACCUUCCAAGUAGUGCAUCAACGCUCUGUGGGACGUUAUUGUGUUUUGAUUUGAUUCAGGUUCAAUGGCAGGCUCGAGUGUUUGACAUAAUGAUGACGGUCCAAUUAGUGCUCGUGUACGUUGUUUUAUCGUUGGCGUUAGCCGCCCUGCUCUGUCUACGAUGGAAGCGACGGAAGCUGUACGCAGCGGCAGCCACAAUGGAUGGACCACCGUGUGUGCCGUUCCUCGGGCAUGCCUAUCUUCUUUUUGGCAAGCAAACUGGAGAACACAUUAUUGAAGUAUUCGACAAAUACGCACCGCGGUACAACUCUCCAAUUGGAAUAUGGAUGGGACCGAAGCUUAUUGUCGCUAUCAAAGACAAUCCCGAAUACUUUCAAAAGGUUAUGAACUCACCCCAUCUGUUGAGCAAAAUGGAUCAGUAUAACUUUUUCCGAGCGGAGAACGGUCUCCUUACCGCUCCAGAACAUGUGUGGAAAACCGAACGCAAGUUGCUCAAUCGUUCUUUCAGCCCAAUGAUGCUGUCCAGCUUUGUGGAUAUUUUCAACAAGAAGGAUUUGAUAUUGGUGGAAAAUCUUCGGAAAUUCGUUGGAGCUGGUGUAUUUAACUCACAAUUAUACAUCUCCAAGUGUACCAUCGAUGCGCUAUUUGAAAACGCAUUUGGCAGAGAUAUUGGCACCCAAGCACACGACGGACACGAUGAGUAUCUACAGUGCUUAGACACGUUUCUUUCGCUCGUGUUUAAGCGAGUUCUUCAUGUAGAACGCUAUCUAGAAUGCAUCUAUCGCCUUACGAAGGAUUAUGCAACCGAAUCGAGCUGCGUAAACAUCAUCAGAAACAUGUCACUCGAUCUGAUGAAAGAAGUGAAAGAAAAUGCACACCAAGCUCAACAGCAACCCGUGGAAGAAACGUACGGAGGCAAGCCGGCUCUGAAUUUUGCUCACAGUCUAUCCAGCUUGGCAAAGCAGAAUCCAUCCCUAACGGAGGACCACAUCAAAGAUCAUAUCGAUACGAUGAUCAUGGCUGGGCACGAUACGACUGCCACCACAAUUGCAAACCUGCUACUAAUGCUGGCGAUGCAUCCCGAGGUGCAGGAAAUGGUGUACCAGGAGGUGAUGAGCGUGUGUCCAGACAAAUCGAAACCUGUGACGAUGGAAGAUGCCAACAAUCUCGCGUACACGGAAAUGGUGUGCAAAGAAACGAUGCGUCUGUUCCCUGUAGCACCAGUCAUUGGAAGGAAGUGCGCUGCGGAUGUUAAGCUGGAUGACAAACAUACCAUACCGGCGGGCUGCUGUGUAGCGCUCGGCAUCUAUCAGAUACAUCGAGACCCGAUGAUCUGGGGACCCGAGCCGGGAAAGUUCAAUCCCGAUCACUUCCUGCCGGAAAGGGUAGCUGAGCGACAUCCGUACGCGUAUCUACCGUUCAGUGGAGGACCUCGGAACUGUAUCGGUAUCCGGUAUGCCUGGUUAUCAAUGAAGAUUAUGAUUGCCCAUCUAGUGCGAAACUAUCGCUUCAAGACGCCGCUCGUGAUGGAGGACUUAGUUUUGAAGUUUGCAAUCGUGCUCAGAAUCACGAAUGGGUGCCUCGUAUCGAUUGAAGAUCGUCCCUCUAGCUAAUAGUGAAACAUCAAAGAUAUAGGGAAUAAAACGCAACAAACAUUACACUGGACAA